AUGGGCGAUGAAACAGCAGAUGCUGAGCCACAGCAUCCUUCCGACAUCUCUGUCAAGGCCCGCGUUGUCGAGGCUGGCACAGCCGCAAGUAGCUCCUCUCGAAGUAAAGUACUCCUUCCCGUUGAUAUCAUUCGUUCGCUCAAGCUUCAAACAGGCGAUGGAGUGCUCGUCACAACCGGGAGAUCAGAUGAUGCGAGCUUUCUCGUCGGCACAGUAUGGCCGUCCUUUGCUCUCGAAGCCGGUACUGUUCGCCUUCCUUUGGCUGCUCAAAUUCCCGCCGGUCUGCAAUCUGGUCAGACGGUCUCAAUCAAAUCUCUUCAAGCGACACAGUCUAAGAGCUCUCUCAGAAAGCCUCCUACAGCUGCAUCAAUCGUGCUUGCUGCUCCUGCCGACAGGCCGCCCGUAUUAACAUCGCUCGCGAAGCUUGGCAAGUCGGACCGACAGAUGCUCACGGUUCAUGCAAAGGAAAGUCUCACCGAUCUCGAAUGCAUUCACCCCGGCCAAGAGCUAGCUUUGAGCUUUCAAGGAGCUCUAUAUCUUUUUGUCGUGUCUUCCAUACUCGAUACAAGUGGGCAGAAAGGAUGGACCGUCACGACCUCGGCUCAUUCGGCUACAACAGACAGCUCGACACAAGUUUGCAUGAUGAGCCGCACCACCGAGGUUUCCAUCAGCUCCUUCGAUACAUACUCGAAUCAAAUGAAAGAAUCAGCCGCUCAGUCCGCAAAUGAGACCUUAAAAGAGGAUCCAUACGCAAAGCUGGGCGGAUUGGACCGACAGAUUGCGGAGAUUAAAACUUUGAUUGAAAUGCCACUCAUGUCGCCCGAGAUCUUUGUUCAGUACGGCCUCAAACCACCCAAAGGCGUUCUUCUUUAUGGUCCACCGGGAACCGGAAAGACAUCGCUCGCGCGAGCCGUGGCAACAGCAACAGGCUCCUCUUAUAUAACUAUCAAUGGUCCGGAGCUGUCAUCCGCCUUCCACGGUGAGACUGAGUCCAAGCUCCGCAGCAUUUUCAAAGAAGCUAGACGCAAAAGUCCAUGCAUCAUAAUUAUCGACGAGAUCGACGCUUUAGCUCCCAGGCGAGAUGGUGGCACCGGUGAAGGGGCCAAUGCGGACGGAGCCGGCGAAGUGGAGCGCAGAGUUGUCGCGCAGCUGCUGACACUCCUUGAUGGUAUGGAAGAGGCUGACGAUGACGAAGACAGCCUAGAACAGGCUGAAGCGGAUUUCAGCAAUGUACAUGUGGAGGACGGCACGACGACGGAGAAAACGAUAUCGACAAAGGCGCCUACUCGUGUUGUCGUUCUUGCCGCAACAAACAGGCCCAACGCAAUCGAUCCCGCCCUUCGCCGUCCUGGCCGUCUGGACCGCGAGAUCGAGAUCGGCAUCCCGUCUGCUGUAGCCCGAGGCGAGAUCAUUCGAGCCCUCAUCCGGCCUGUUCCACACAAUCUCAGCUCGAAGCAGAUCGACGACCUUGCUGGCCGUACGCAUGGAUACGUCGGAGCCGACCUUUCAGCUCUCGUCCGCGAAGCUGGUAUGCGAGCCGUUCGUCGCACUUUCGCUCGUCGCCAAUCCGGAAAAGAUCGGAUCGAAGCUAGGCUUGCUUCAAUGUCCAUUGAAACUGCCAGUUCAGGCGAUUCGGUCGAUUCGAUGCUUGACAAUGUCACUGCAGAGGAUUUGCAUGCGGCUCUGUCACUCGUCCGGCCCUCGGCGAUGCGUGAGAUCUUCCUCGAGCCCCCGAAAGUCUAUUGGUCAGACAUUGCCGGUUCCUUGACUCCAUCCGCUGGUGGCUCUGGAGCCUUGUCCACCAAAUCUGUUCAGGCUCAGGUGCAAGAGCUUGUUGAAUGGCCCAUCAAGCACGCUUCCACCUUCGCACGUCUGGGCGUCUCUCCACCGCGGGGCGUUCUUCUGUAUGGUCCACCAGGUUGUUCCAAGACGCUCAUCGCACGAGCGCUCGCUACCGAAUCAGGACUCAACUUCCUCGCGGUCAAAGGACCCGAGUUAUACUCCAAGUACGUCGGUGAAUCGGAACGUGCAGUUCGCGACACUUUUAAGAAAGCAAGAGCCGCAGCACCAAGCAUCAUCUUCUUUGACGAGAUCGAUGCUUUGUCGUCUAGCCGCGACGGAGACUCCUCUAGCGGUGAUGCUCUUAACAGCCGUAUCAUCGCAACCUUGCUCAACGAGAUGGACGGCAUCGAAGCCAUGUCCGACGUAAUUGUGAUUGGUGCCACCAAUCGACCUCAGGCGCUAGACCCUGCUCUGCUUCGACCGGGCCGAUUGGACAGGCUCGUAUAUGUGGGUCCCCCCGAUCAUGCGGCCAGACAGCAGAUCUUGCGCACAAGAAUGGCCAAAAUGGCGGUCAGCGCCCACAGUAUCGAUUUUGAGAAGCUUGCUCAAAUGACGGAUGGAUGUUCGGGUGCUGAGGUAGUGUCGAUCUGCCAAGAGGCUGGAUUCCUGGCGAUGGACGAAGAUCUCAACUGUCAAACGAUCGAGCAACGACAUUUUGAAAGCGCCGCUGCGUCGGUCAAGCGUCGCAUCACUACGCUGAUGAUUCGACAAUACGAGACUUGGCGCGAUACCCUUGUAGUCUAA